UUUACACCGAAUUUGAUAUACUGAAAAAAAUGAAUUUUAUUAAAUUUUUAAAUCGUCCUAAUUUUCAAAUAAUAAAUGUAGCUGCUAAAAAUGGAAAAUUCAAUCACAUUUCACACUUCCGAUAUAUGUCAUCAUCAUCAUUGGUCAAUUUCAAUCAACCGAUUGCUAAUUCAUCAAUUGUACGACUAGCGAUGGAUGGAUUGAUAUCAUUGCAUGAAUGUUUGCAUAUACCAUGGUUUUUGGAGAUUUCAAUUAUUACAAUAAUGGCUAGAUCUUUGGUUGCAUUUCCACUUACAGUUUUACAACGGAAAAUAAUGAUUCGAUAUGAAGCGUUAAGACCGGAGAUUCAAAUUCUUUCUAAAAAUCUUCGCAAUAAAGUAAAACAAGAAGCUUAUUUAGUAGGACUAUCGCCAAGAAAAACUCAGCAAAUAUAUAGAAAAACGUUAACCCGUGAAAUAAAUCGUUUAAUCGUACGCGAUAAUUGUCAUCCCAUGAAAGCCACGUUAGUUGCAUUAUUUCAAAUACCUAUGUGGAUAAUUUUAUCAAAUUGUUAUCGUAAUUUCGCUUUGUUACAACCGGAUCCUAACGAUGUAAACAUCAUGAUGGCACAUGAACAACUUCAACGCGAAGGUCUAUUUUGGUUCAAAGAUUUAACAAUACCAGAUUCAACAGGCAUUUUGCCCAUCACUACCUGUUUGAUCAAUUUAACCAUCAUACAAAUUCAUAUAAAUGAACGACGACGCAAUAAUCUUAAAGAUUCGUUAUUUAUUCGCGUUUUUACUAAUUGUGGACGACUAAUUAGUGUUGCUCUUGUGCCUAUUGGGUUGAUGAUGCCAACCGAUAUGUGUUUUUAUUGGAUGAUUUCAUCAUCGAUGGGCCUUUUACAAAAUAUUUUGUUAAUGAAUCCUAAGGUAAAAAAAUUGUUGAAAAUACAUUCAAAAACAAAUGAAUCUGUGAAUAAAAACUAGUCAUGAUAUUAUUUUAA